GCGCACCGCUCGAUAUAAGCGACGCAGGCGUCGUUACGUCACAGACCUAUUCCUGUUUGAAGCGCCUGGGAGGACCACAUGACCCAGCUCUCCUACGGCACAUGACCCUCCUUUCUGACUACUAGCGCAACCCCAACACCUCACUUCACUUGCAGUGCAGUGCGCGGACCUCAAUCACUUCCGAAGAACAAACAGAAAAAAAAACCAAGAUGUCUUUAGCAGAUCCCGUUGCUUUUAUGAAAGAUUUCUUGGCCGGUGGAAUAUCAGCCGCUAUAUCCAAGACAUGUGUGGCCCCCAUCGAAAGAGUCAAGCUACUGCUGCAAGUCCAACACAUCUCCAAGCAAAUAUCCGCAGACCAAAGAUACAAAGGUAUGGUAGAUUGCUUCGUCAGAAUUCCCAAAGAACAAGGAAUCCUCGCAUACUGGAGAGGUAACGCUGCCAACGUCAUCCGUUAUUUCCCAACACAGGCUCUCAACUUCGCCUUCAAAGACAAAUACAAGCAGGUUUUCCUUAGUGGUGUCGAUAAGAAUACCCAAUUCUGGCGCUAUUUCAUGGGAAACUUGGCUUCUGGUGGUGCUGCCGGAGCAACCUCCCUCUGCUUUGUAUAUCCCCUUGACUUUGCCAGAACUAGGUUAGCUGCUGAUGUAGGCAAAGGAGCAGGACAAAGAGAAUUCAGUGGUUUGGGCAACUGCCUCACAAAGAUCUUCAAGAGCGACGGACUUGUUGGUUUGUACAGAGGUUUUGGUGUGUCGGUACAAGGUAUCAUCAUCUACAGAGCAGCCUUCUUCGGUUUCUACGAUACUGCUAAAGGCAUCUUACCUGAUCCAAAGAACACCCCUCUUGUCAUCUCUUGGGCUAUUGCUCAGUCUGUAACAACCGUUGCUGGUAUUGUAUCCUAUCCCUUCGACACAGUAAGAAGGCGUAUGAUGAUGCAGUCUGGCAGAGCUAAGAGCGAUAUUAUAUACAAGAGUACCGUCCACUGUUGGGCCACCAUCGCUAAGCAAGAAGGUCCAAAGGCAUUCUUCAAGGGCGCUUUCUCCAAUAUCCUCCGUGGUACUGGUGGUGCUAUAGUGUUAGUAAUGUAUGACGAACUUAAAAAUCUUAUGUAAAGAUAUAAAAUAAUUGGCGAGGAAAAGAAGACCUUGUCCGGACAAUUAGCAGAUGAAACGACUAGACUGUUUAGAUAUAUAAUUUUCAUUUCUGGUUUUUAUAUGCAACACAAGUCUCCAUAAAAAAUUUUGAUAUUUUUUUUCGAUUCAUUGUUUCACAACCAAACACUGAUUGAAGACAUCUUGCCAGAAUUAUUCAUUUAUUUAUAUGUAUUUUUUGACCUCCCUCAUUCCCGGGUUAUAUUAUCCAGUUUAUUGGGUGGUGAAUAUUUUGUAAAUAUUUUCUCCUGACGAAUUUAAGUUUAAGAUGAUACAUUUCGUUAUAUUGAUUUGAGUAAUAGAGACUACAAUUCUAGUAAUUUAUUGUUGCUUUUAAAGAUUGGUACAACCAAACCACUUCCAGCCAAAGAGCUAACAUUAUUGAAUGUUGUAAGAGAGAAAAAAAUUGUCUCAUUAAUAAAUACCAUCAAACGAUUCAAUAAAACUGUUUUAAAAAUUUAA